AUUCUCGCCCUGCGUGCAGAGGUUCCACUGUCUCUGGAACUGCAGAGAAAGCUCCGCCAGCCAAAUGAUUAUCAGCACUUGUAGCUGAGACUCUUCAGAGCAGCUCCUGGGAAGGAAAAUAAAAACGUCCCCAGACACUUCCGUCAGCAUCAUGAAGCCGUCACUGCUCCCGUCUGUGGUGUUUCUCUGCAUGCUGCUGCUGCUGCCCGCGCUGGGAUGGAAAAAGAAAAUGUAUUCUCAGGAAAAGCUGCUACUCGAGGAAUGCUGGGGACAGCCAAAGGCUAAUGACUGUGCCAAGAAGUGUUCUAGAACUUUCAAAUGUAUACACAGAAAUCACACAUGCUGCUGGGCCUACUGCGGCAACAUCUGUGCAGAAAAUGGGAAAUAUUUUGAAAGAAAGAAAUGACCCUAAAUUCUCCGUGGCCCAGUCUCUUGAGAGCUAGCAGCCAUUUAGAGACUUCAGUGGUUACUUUUGGAAACGCUGUGUUUAUUGGUGGGUAGAAAAGCAAAC